GGCCCAGGGAGGGGGGCGGGCUGGGGAGGGAUGGAACUCCCCUUUUCUGACUUUCUAGUUGCAAUGGCGCCCCCCGCUGGUGAAACCCCGCCAGGACGCUUGUCAGGUCUGAUGUUUUGAUGCCUGACGGCAGGUGGCAGCUGAUGGACUGAAUUGUGACAGCAUGGCCACGACUGCAGAUGGCUGCGUUCAAUUCACUCGCCAUGCUGGCGACGUCCUGCUGAACUUCAACCGCCUCCGCAGCAGGAACAUCCUGACUGAUGUCACCAUCCAGGUGGACGGACAACUAUUUCACGCUCACAAGGCCAUCUUGGUGGCCUGCAGUGGUUUCUUUUACUCUGUGUUCAUGGACCCCAAGAACGCAAACCUUAGCGCCAUCAGCUUGGACCCCAAAGUGGACCCCAAGGGUUUCUCCGUCCUGCUGGACUUCAUGUACACGUCCUGUCUCGACCUCAAGGACAGUCUGGUCCUGGCCACCAUGAACACAGCCAUCUACCUUCAGAUGGAGCCUGUGGCCGACACCUGCCACAGGUUCAUCAAGUCCAGGCAUCAGAUUGAAGAGGUGCUGAUCAACUCCUCACAUCUGGCCGGCGAGAUGCCAGCGUUAUUUCCCGUUGACGAGAAAGAUCCCGACUAUAGAAACAACCACCUUUCACCUUCAUACCCUCACCAGGAGUGCCGGGGCUUUAUCCCGAAUGUUUUCAGGGGGAUCAACACCUCUGGUUCAUGUCACGUAUUUGGUGACCUUCCCGCCCCUGCUGGGGUGCUUGAAGGUACCCAUAAGGUCAGCGACCUUCCCAGAGGAGGGGCUUUGUCCCAGAAACAAUGCUCGCAGGUACCCAGCGGCAACAUGGUUCACAACGAGUCCACCACCAUCGUCUCCCACUCCAGUUUCCCCACCGCUAUCACCCGGCCUGCGGGAGCCCACGGGAGCCUUCAAAUGCCCAUCUCUCCCGUGGACGAAGACGGCAUUCAGCACCCGCAAACCAGCUGCCUUAGAUUAUCUCAAGGCUUCAGCAAAGGUGUGAUUUGCAGCCCUCAAAGCCCGCUCAGAUCUGACUGCCACCCCAACUCGCCCACCGAGUCCAACAGCAGCCGAAACGCCACGCUGAGCCUCAAUCAGCCCUCGGACUGCCCCAAGGAUGCAAAGGCCCGCAACUGGAAGAAGUAUAAGCUGAUCGUUAUGAACCGAUGCGAUGAGACGGAAAAGGAGGCUCAAGCUGGCAGCGCUGAGGCUGUAGCCAUGUCCCCUACACUGGGACACUGCAGGAGUGCUGCAUCUGGCGGACACAAUGAGGUCCAGGCAGAAGACGGAGUGCGCCAUCAAAGUGAAGAAAUCCUAAUGUCCCAGAGUGUGGACAGCUGCAGCAGCAGCAGCACCUGUAGCAGCAUCAGUUACCGCAGGUGCUCCUCCUGCGGCUGUGACAGCCCUCAGUGCAUGGAACUAGGUCACCUUUCUCCUGACUCGUACAGCCGAGAUGACGCCACCAAGCUACGCUCCGACUAUUCGUCCUCCAGCGGCGAAAGCAUCGUCUACUUCUGCAACGGCUGUGACUCCAAGUUCCCGGAAGAAGAUUCCCUGAAGGAGCACAUGGCCCAGGUGCACAGCGACAAGCCAUACAAGUGUGACUGCUGCCAGGCUGCCUUCCGCUACAAGGGCAACCUGGCCAGCCACAAAACCGUCCACAGCGGUUCAAAGCCCUACCACUGCAACAUCUGCGGCGCCCAGUUCAACCGGCCAGCCAACCUCAAGACCCACACCCGCAUCCACUCGGGAGAGAAGCCAUACAAGUGUGAGACAUGCGGCUCCAGAUUUGUUCAGGUGGCCCACCUUCGCGCCCAUGUGUUGAUCCACACAGGAGAGAAGCCGUACCCCUGCGAGAUCUGCGGGACUCACUUCCGCCACCUUCAGACGCUGAAGAGCCACAUGCGCAUUCACACGGGAGAGAAGCCGUAUCAUUGCGAGAAAUGUGACCUGCACUUCCGACACAAGAGUCAGCUGAGGCUCCAUCUGCGACAGAAGCACGGGGCGGUGACUAACACCAAGGCUCAGUACCGUAAGACUCCCAGCAACACCACAGCAGGCCUGAAGUCCUGCUGAGCCGGCUGCAAUCACCAUGUGUGUCAUAUUUGUUUGCCUUUUGCAUCGCUCGCCAUGUUAAACGUUUUUUAGUUUUAACAAACUGAUAGAUAAAUAUAUAUUUUAUAUUUGUCCCUUAUGCAUUUGUUAAUGAUGCAAAUACUUAAGCUCUUUGGUAUUUCAAAGUUUGUGCAAAUGAAUGGGAUCGUGAAUGUCUAAAAACAGAAUGUACAUUUUAAGUGUAAAUUUGAGCAGGGAUUUCUCUAUUUCUAAAAUCACUCAUCAGAAUGUCAGCAUUGUUGGACAGUCCUUUCUUAUUCAGACUGAGAAUCACUGUUACAGUUUUUCUAUAGAUGUCUGUAUGGUAUUUGCCCAGCAAUGUGGUCACAGUUGAUGCAGUUAUUUUUUUAUUAGGUUAUUUUUUGUAAAUAAGAUAAUAUAUAUUUUCAGAUUGCCAUCUGCUGGCAGAGUACAAAUAUAUUCACAUUAAGUUUGUUGUCAACAAAGGUCUUGUUACUUUUGCCAUCUCAUAGUUUAUGGUACCUAUUUUCCUUUUUUUUAAUUUCUAUGUAUAUAUUUGAUCUUUUUAAAAUAAUUUCUAGCCUGUCUGUAUUUUGCACAUGCUCAUGUUGCUGUAAUUCAUAUAUUUUCAUUGAAAUAUUUCUACUUAAAAAAUUAGAUGUUUUUAUAGAAAUAUUUGUCCUAAAACCGUGUCCAGCACUUGCUAUUUUCUUAUUUGCAUUCAAAGUUUUAUUUGAUGACUUCUAUUACAUUUCGGUGCUGCAAUGAUACAUGUUCCUCAGCAGGAUAAUUUAAGUCUGAUUGUAAUUUAUCCAACCGUAUGUAUUGUAGUGCUCUCGUACAAACCAGUUUAAUAGUGCCUUACAUUCACACUUAUGUGUUUGCUACCUACGAAGGCUAACCAUUAAUGUAUUAUAACUUUACUAUAUGAAAGCCCUGGUAGUUAUAAACUGCUGUUGGGAAGCGUUUUACAUUUGGUACGCUGCCCUGUUCUACAAAAGUCUGGUACUGUUCUUUUGAAAAAUGAUUAUUUGCAGAGUGAAGCUCUUAAAAUGCAGAUGCACCAGGCUUCAAGCUAGAAGACGCUCAGGAAUAUUCAAUAUAUGUCAGCAAGUUUCUUUGUAACUGCAGAUUACAAAUAUAUAUAUAUAUACACACAUGUGUGUACAUUUGUAUCAUACAAUACAAAUAAAAACAUAUCAUGUA